AUGGACCAACAACAAACCGACACAGCCUACACAGACAACAUUUUCUGGCCAAAGUGGCAGAUUCAGUUUGACGAUGGGAAGGUCCAUCCCCACAGGUUCAGUGGAGUACACCUGGGGCCGAUGCCAAAGCAGGCCUCAAAGAGCAGCAACGAACCCAACUCCAGCCAUCGGAGUUUCAACCCCCCACUUGACAUGCUGUUCAUUGAUAACUACAUUUUCAAGUAUUAUGAGCGGCCCAAAACCAAGAUCAUAUUCGACAGAGACCCCAACCUCCCGCAAAUCUUGAGCGAGGUCCAGAAGGUCGCAAUAAACGCAAGCUCGCUGUCUGAGUCGAAGGAAAAGGACGACAUAUGGCUGAAGAAACUUCGACUCAUCCUGCAAUUCUUCCCGAAAAUCCGAGCCAUCACCGUCCUAACCGCCGUGGUGCUCGACCUAGCAAGCCCAGCGCCCAUAACAAGGCCUAUGUGCUUCAUGGAUAUUGGGAACACCUCGAUAGGCGACCGUAUGCGCCAUGGGAUUCUGGCUGGAGGUGACCUGAAAAUGUUACCAUACGACCCCGAGACCCUGCGGCCCAGCGACUUUGCCAUGCAAGAAUGGGACAAGCUGCCCGUUGAAUGGCCCGCCUUCGGGAAGCGGAAAGUCGACGGAACCGCCCCCGAACUGUACAUGGGAACCAUGGUCUUCUUUGGGAAAGAGUGGAUUGAUCUCAACAGUGCUGGUACACCAGGAGAUACAUGCACCUUAGGACGUCGAAGCGGCGAUCCUAUGGCGGCUGUCAUUUGGAAGGAGAUCGACGAGGCACGAAGGGUCGAGGCGGACAUCAAAGCGCGGCCCAGGAUAGACCUCAUGAGGAACAAUUCCGUGUUGAGCUCGAAGAAAAAGGGAUCCAGUCUGGCACUCCUCAAAAAGGCCUCGACAUUCUCUCUGAGGAGUCAGUCUUCGAAAGGUCAUCUCAAAGGCUAG